AUGAAACAUUGUCUCUUCCUGCCCGCCUGCCUCGCCGCGGGGCUCGCGCUCUCCUUUACCGGCACGCUCGUCAUCGCCGACGAGCCCGCAACGGCGGAAGCAAAACCAGUAGCUUCCGAAGUGAAGUCCGAAGACAACGACGAGGCGGAGGCGGAGGAGAAGCCAGCCGAAGAAGCAGAAGAAGAUGAGAAAGAACUGAGCCCUGCCCAGAAGCGCGCCCGUGAACGGGCCAAGAAGCGUCAGGAAGAGAAGACCGAAGCCGAGUCGAAGAAGGUCCGCUACGCCUGGUUCGUGCUCGACGACGAGCUGCCCGAGUCGCCCGGCGGGUCGGGGCCGUUCGGCGAUCUGUCGAUCGACCUGCGGAAGCAGAUCGCGCGAAUCGACGCGGCGGCGAAGGACGACAAGAUCCAGGGACUCGUGCUCAUGUUUGACAGCCCCAGCUACGGCGCCGGACAGCGGCACGAGCUGCGCGAGGCGAUCGCCCGCUUCCGCGCGAAGGGCAAGCACGCCGUCGCGGUGCUCGAAGCAGCCGAGGCGGCGAGCUACCUCGUGGCGUGCGCGUGCGACGAGGUGGUGAUGCCCGAGUCGGGCUACCUCGUGCUGCCGGGCGUCCGCGCGCAGCCGAUGUUCUACAAGGGCCUCUUGGCGAAAGUCGGCGUGAAGGCGGACUUCAUCCACGUCGGCGACGCGAAGGGCGCCGCUGAGCCCUACACACGCCGCGAGUGGAGCAAGGCGGUCAAAGAAAACAUGACGUCGCUCAUCGACGACAUGUACGAGCAGAUGAUCGACACGAUCGCGAUGGACCGCCCGAUGAAGCGAGGCGCCGUCAUCGAAGCGGUGGACCGCGGCCUGCUGACCGCGUCGCAAGCUCUCGAGGCGGGCCUCGUGGACCGACUGGCUUACGAGUCGUCGCUGCGUGACGAGCUCGAGAAGCGGCACGACUCGGACAACGUCGUCUUCGUCGAGAACUACGGCAAGAAGAAGGUCGACACCGAUUUCAGCGGCCCCGGCGGCAUGUUCAAGCUGCUGGGCAUGAUCGCGUCGGGCGGCAAGGAAUCGUCCGGCCGCGGCGACAAGAUCGCCAUCGUCUAUGCCGUCGGCCCGAUCAUGACGGGCGAGAGCGAGACAAGCCCCUUCGGCGCGUCCAGUUCGGUCGGCUCGACGACCAUCGUCAAGGCGCUGCGUGACGCCGAAGAAGACGACCAAGUCAAAGCGAUCGUGCUCCGCGUCGAUAGCCCCGGCGGGUCGGCGGUCGCCAGCGAUCUGAUCUGGAACGAGAUCCAGACGAUCGAGAAGCCAGUCGUCGCCAGCAUGGGGAACGUCGCGGCGAGCGGCGGCUACUACAUCUCGAUGGGCUGCGACCAUGUGUUCGCCGAGCCGACAACCGUCACCGGUUCGAUCGGCGUGGUGGGCGGCAAGAUGGCGAUCGGCGGCCUGCUCGAAAAGCUCGGCGUGACGACCGACCUCAUCGCCCGCGGAAAGAACAGCGGGCUGUUCAGCACCACCGAAAAGUUCACCGAAGCCGAGCGCGAGGUCCUGCAGUCGCUGAUGGACGACACCUACGAGCAGUUCACCGCUAAGGCGGCGACGGGCUGCGAGCUGACGCAGGACCGCAUCAAGGAACUCGGCGGCGGCCGCGUCUACACGGGUCGCCAAGCCGAACGGCUCGAACUCAUCGACGAACUCGGCGAUCUCCGCGCGGCGGUCACCAAGGCGAAGACCCUGGCGGGCCUCGAAGCCGACGCCGACGUCACGAUCGAUGCGUACCCCGAAGCCGAAGACUUCUUCGAGUCCCUCUUCGGCGACAACGACGAGCAGCGCGAGGUGCGUGUGAGGCUCGACCUGGGCGGCGUGCUCCCCGAGCUCGAGCAAGCCAUCCAGCGCGCGGGCUGGGUGCGGCAGCUCUUUGCGAAAGAGCCGAUGGGGCUCGUGAUGCCUUACGAGACCGAGAUGACGGACUCGCUCGAACAAUGUGCUGGGUUCGCACUCAUGCUGCUGUUCUACGUUCCAUUACUAAUCGCGUAUGUGUGGAGCAUUGUCUGGGCUUACCGUGACGCCCGGGGGCGUGGGAAGCCGCCAGUGCUCGUCGCUCUGCUCUGGGGGGACGAGGCCAAGGGGAAACUGGUGGACCUGCUCACCCCCCGGCACGACUUUGUCGUCCGUUACCAAGGGGGCGCCAACGCCGGCCACACCGUCGUGGUGGGCGGCGAGGUCUACAAGCUGUCGCUGCUGCCUAGCGGCGUGAUCACCGAAGGCGUGACCAGCGUCAUCACCGGCGGCGUCGUCAUCAAUCCGGCGAAGGCGAUCGAGGAACUCGACGAGCUCGCCAGCCGUGACGUCCGCGGCCUCGAGAAGAACCUGAAGAUUAGCGACCGCGCCCACGUCAUCAUGCCGUGGCACUUCGCCGAGGACCGCGCGCUCGACUCAAACACGUCCGACGGCGAGAACAUCGGCACGACGCAGCGUGGCAUCGGCCCCUGCUACCGCGACAAGGUCGGUCGCUCGCACGCCGUGCGGAUGGGCGACCUCUACCGUGAUGACUUUCGGGCGACGGUGGAGAAGAUCGUUGCCGCGAAGACGCCGGUGAUCACCGCGAUGUCGGGCGGCGCCGAUCCUAAGCUGGACGCCACCGCGAUCGCGGACCAGUACCUCGCCUUCGCCGAGCGUCUGCGGCCGCAUGUUUGCGACACAACCGAGAUGCUGCUCACCGCCGCCGAAGCGGGUAAGCGGAUCCUCUUCGAGGGCGCGCAGGGCUCGCUGCUCGGCGUGGACCACGGCACCUACCCGUUCGUCACCAGCAGCAACUCGAGCGGCGUCGGCAUCCCCAACGGCUCGGGCCUCCCCGCGCGGUACAUCAACCACACGCUCGGCGUCGUGAAGGCGUACUCAACGCGUGUCGGCGGCGGGCCGUUCCCCACCGAGCAAGACAACGCCGACGGCCAGAAGCUCCGCGACCAGGGCAACGAGUAUGGCACGGUCACCAAGCGCCCGCGGCGCUGCGGCUGGCUCGACACGGUGGCGCUGCGAUACACGGCUCGCUUGGGCGGCGUCGAUGCGAUCGCCGUGAUGCUGCUCGAUGUACUGAGCGGUUUCGACGAAAUCAAAAUCUGCAACGCCUACGAACUCGACGGCAAGAAGACCAACGUCUUCCCGAGCCACGUCGAUGACCUCCGCCGUGUGAAGGCGGUUUACGAGUCGCUUCCCGGCUGGAGCGAGGACCUCACCGGCGUGCGGUCGAUGGACGAUCUGCCGGCGAACGCAAUCGGCUAUAUCAACCGCGUCAGCGAGCUGGUCGGCCGGCCU